AUGGUGUGGGUGCCCUUGGAUCCCCAGAGGACUGAUUGUCUGACCUGGCUUCACAUCCCCAAUAACAACGCCCCCAAGAUGUCGCUUGAGUGGCUGGUGGCCUGGAGCUGGUCACUGGAUGGCCUGAGGGACUGCAUUGCCACGGGCAUCCAGUCUGUGCGGGACUGUGACACCACUGCCGUGGUCACUGUGGCCUGCCUGCUGGUCCUGUUCGUGUGGUACUGUUACCACGUGGGCAGGGAGCAGCCCCGACCCUUUGUCUCUGUCAACUCACUCAUGCAAGGUGCAGAUGCCAGCGGGCUGCAGAACGGGUACGUGUACUGCCAGUCCGCUGAGUGCAUGCGCUGCACCCACAAUGAUGGCCUCAACCAGAAGCUCUACCACAACCUGCAGGAGUAUGCCAAGCGGUACUCCUGGUCCGGCAUGGGCCGCAUCCACAAGGGCAUCCGCGAGCAGGGCCGGUACCUCAACAGCCGGCCCUCCAUCCAGAAGCCUGAGGUCUUCUUCCUGCCCGACCUCCCCACCUCGCCCUAUUUCUCCCGGGACGCACAGAAACAUGACGUGGAACUGCUGGAACGGAACUUCCAGACCAUCCUGUGUGAGUUCGAGACCCUCUACAAAGCUUUCUCAAAUUGCAGCCUCCCACAAGGAUGGAAAAUGAACAGCACCCCCAGUGGGGAGUGGUUCACCUUUUACUUGGUCAAUCAGGGGGUUUGUGUUCCCAGGAACUGCAGGAAGUGCCCACGGACGUACCGCUUGCUUGGAAGCCUUCGGACCUGUAUUGGGAACAAUGUUUUUGGGAACGCGUGCAUCUCUGUGCUGAGCCCCGGGACUGUGAUAACGGAGCACUAUGGGCCCACCAACAUCCGCAUCCGAUGCCAUUUAGGUCUGAAAACUCCAAGUGGCUGUGAGCUGGUGGUUGGGGGUGAGCCCCAGUGCUGGGCGGAAGGACGCUGCCUCCUCUUUGAUGAUUCUUUCCUGCACACGGCAUUCCAUGAAGGCUCAGCAGAAGAUGGCCCACGGGUGGUUUUCAUGGUGGAUUUGUGGCAUCCAAACGUGGCAGCUGCCGAGCGGCAGGCCCUUGAUUUCAUCUUUGCUCCAGGACGAUGA